AUGCGCUGGAACAUUUUCGGAUCGGGCGACGCGGGGCCAAGCACAGCCGGGGAGGGGGCUGCGCCGGUGGCAGCGCCGGCGCCGGCGGUGCCAGCAACACCUGCGUCAACGGCACCGACCACAACAGCGGCACCCGCCGACCCCGCGGCCGCCGCAGCUUCUGCCGCCCCAGCCCCGCCGCACCUCCUUAACCGCUACGAGGCGACGCUGGCCCAGGAGGAGGCGUACCAGGGCGCGCAGUACCCGCAGUUUGAGGACGUGCCGGGGUGCAUGCGUUUGUUCGACGAGUUCCUCAUGUGCUACGCCCUCCUGCCCCAACUCCGCAACAUGUACCGCUACGGCGAGCUGCACGACUGCACGUACAAGUUUGAAGACUUCAAGUACUGCAUGAGCCUCAAGGGCGAGGACACGGAAGCGCGGCGGCAGCUGUGGAUCAAGCGCAAGGCCGAGUGGUGGGCCAAGCGGCGCGUCGGCGAGAGCUCGGAGGAUGUGUGGGAGGCUAGGACAGAACCGCUCAAGAACUUCCCCCCUCUGUAUGACGACCCGAGCGAGCCGCCCGUCAACCGCGCUGGCAAUAGAGAGUAGACGCAAAACACUAGACGAGA